UUAGUUUUAGAUAAUAAAACACCCCUGUCUCAGACCUACUUAUUACAACAGCAUGUUCACUGUAACAUUUGCUUAACUGAAUCCGUCCUGGAGCAGUAUUAUUUUGAAGGUUGGUAGCGGAAGUUAUCGCAGUCACUUCGACUGACCGUGGAGGGAUGAACGGGAUGAUCCGUCUCCCUCCUUCAAGGUAAUUAAUGAUGGAAUCGUCAGAAAACCUGCCCGGUCAGGUGGUCGAUGUGGAGCGGGACACUGCACCGACACCCGUGGAUGUGGACACCACGGUCCUACUGCUGGGAGCGGGAGUGACAGCCAUCACACACCCGCUGUUAUAUGUGAAGCUACUAAUACAGGUGGGACAUGAACCUCUUCCCCCAACUGUGGGCACAACUAUGUUUGGAAGGAGAGUUUUAUACCUGCCUGGCUUCUUUUCCUAUGCACAGCAUAUCGUGAAAGUGGAUGGAAAGAGGGGUCUCUUCCGUGGCCUCUCACCACGCAUCGUGUCCAGUGCCAUCUCUACUGUGGUCAGGAGUAAAGUUAAACAGCAGAUGGAGCUUCUGUCCAAAACAGAUGAGCUGCAGUCUUCACUCAGGAAAGUGGUCAAAGAGACCUCCCACGAGAUGAUCAUCCAGUGCCUGUGCAGAGUAGCCACUCAUCCUUUUCAUGUUAUGUCAGUGCGGUGUAUGGCCCAGUUUGUAGGCAGAGAGGUCAAGUAUAGUGGGAUGUUCCGUUGUGUCGUCAGGAUUUUUAAGGAAGAAGGAGUCACUGGAUUCUAUGUUGGUUUUUGUGGCUUGCUGUGUUGCAGUGGUCUCAUACCUCAUGUGCUGGGAGAAGUCCUCUUCCUGUGGUGUUGCAACCUCCUGGCUCACUUUAUUAACACCUAUUCUGUAGACGAAAGCUUCAGCCAAGCCUCAGCUGUGAGAGGCUACACUAAGUUUGUCAUGGGGAUUGCAGUGAGUGUUCUGACAUAUCCAUUCAUGCUGGUGGCUGAUCUAAUGGCAGUCAACAACUGUGGUUUGACUGCAGGUCUUCCUCCUCACUCACCCAUCUUUAAGUCCUGGAUGCACUGUUGGAAUCACCUGAGCCAGAAGGGCCACCUCUUCAGAGGAUCCAGCUUCUUUUCCCGCCGGGUGCCAGUGACCUCCCUGCCGUCCAUUGAGAACUGACAUCAUCAUCACCGGCUGGACUCUUCCUCUUCUUCCUAUUCACAAAUAUUUUCCAAAGACACUUCCAACGGCCAUAACACAUAUUCCUAUGAUGUCAUAAUUGUUUUUUGUUCAGACAGCCAUUGUGUUGCAUUCAUUUCUGUACACUAUAAAAAGUGUAUCAGUGGACUUUUUAAA